GGAAACAGCGCGCCGAGAAGAGAAGAAGAGUAUAGACAUAGCAGACACAGGGACACGAGAGCAGGCCAGCGGCAGUCGUCCCACACGCCAUACACAUAGCAGACCGCUCAGGCAGCAUGUCUCGCGCCCCCUCGCCUUCCAUCCCAGCCAGCCAGUCCGUCUUGCCACUGUGCGAGUCCACGUCAACCACGCCCACGCCCACGCCCGCUCGUCCCGGCUUGCGCAUCGACGUCGAUUCCCUGCCUUCCUUCCCUGUGAGUGCCAGUGACAAGCACGAUGUCGCCAUGGCAGUAAGAAACCUGCGAAGCGCAUCGCCGCCUCCGCCUCCGCCGAAAUCCGCGAGCCGUCUACGCGCAAAUACCUCUCCGCCAGAUUCUGGAGGCGUGGCGCUUGCACCUGCGCCCGGUAUAGACGGGUCGGGUCAAGCUGGUGUCGGAAGCUCAGCGUCGGCCUCGACCUUGGUGUUUAACGAGGAAGAGAGGACUCUGAGGAUGAUCAAGCAGGCGCUAGAGAAAUCAGACGAUGACGGAGAUACAUUAGAUCUGAGUAGAAAGGAUAUAGAUCGGAUAGGAGAAGAGGCGGUUGAAAUGUUCAGAAGCGGCGUUGGCAAAGGUCAAAAGGGUGUAUGGCGGCUGGCUCUGUCUUACAACUUUCUGAGGGACGACUCUAUGGUAGACUCAUUCUCCAAGCUGAGCAGAUUACGGUACCUCAAUCUCAAGGGAAACAAGUUUACUCGGUUUCCUCAUGCAAUCACGCAAAUGCCCGCUUUGGAAAUCCUCGAUUUCUCAAAAAACGAACUGUCCUCGCUUCCCGAACAGCCCGGACACUUGGUCAAGCUCAAAGUCCUUUCGUUGACAAGUAACAAGAUCCACACACUCCCUAAUUAUCUUGUCGAGUUCGGGGUGUUGAAGGUGUUCAAAGUGGACCAGAACCCUGUAGACUGGCCUCCUGCCCAUGUGCUUGGUCCCUUGAUUGAAUCUGUCCCAACCAAGUCCAAGACGAGCAGUACCCCUGGAGGCAAGAAAAAGGCAAAGGAGGAGGAUCUGCGGCCUUGGAUUGAGAGUAUGAAGGUCUGGAUGGCCCAGCAAACACCUGGUUCCGAGAACGCGCCUCGCAGAGGCGAAGAGGAAGCGUACCUGGCUUCAGAGGAGGAACCGUCGAGCGCAACGUCCAUUGAAAAUCCCGGAGCGACAGAAUGGCCUGAAGUAUCAGAAAGCUCUUCCACGGUCGCUCCUUCUUCUCAAGCAACCAUCCGUCGCACACAGCCACUUUACGGAGAUACCCCUGAUUUAGUGUUCGCCCAGCGAAACAUCUCGACAACUUUUUCUGAAGACUCUCUGUUACGCUCGUCCUCUCCCAGUCAUUUCUCUCCUGCAAACCACAGUCGCGACGCAUCCGUUUCUUCCUUCACCUCCCCUCCCUCUGCAUCCACAGAUGCGUCCUUCCACUCGCACUCGCGUAAUCCCUCUACCAACUUUCCUCAUCUCGCUUCCCAACCCGUCCAGGGACAUACUCGCGGCGCGAGCUAUACUCCUGCACAACGCAACUCUGGGCAGUUGACAGCAAAGAAAUCAUUACCAGACUUGCGUCAAAGCCACGCAAAGAUUAUCCGCGAACGCAGAGGCGAUGCAGACGAAGAAGUGGUCACCAUGGUGGCGGCGCCAGAUAUCGAUCCACGGGAAAUUGGGGUACGAUCACCUCCACGUUUGGCUAGUGCUUUACGACCGAAACGAGCUAGUAGGGUGAUGGGACGGAAGACAUCUGUGGAUUUGCUGCCUCGCAAAAUGGGAGAAAUGACGAGCCACGACAUGGCAGAUCGGAACGUUUCUCAUGACAGUAUCCUCGACGAAUCUCGCAACUCUUAUUUUCGCCGUCUUUCUACCCUGCCGGCGUCCUCCAUAUCUAAAGCUAUCCCGCCUUUCCUUCUCAAGUUCAUCGACUCCAUCCGAGGUAUACUGUUUGCGCUUUCACAACUGCACAGUUCGCUGAGGCAAUAUCUCGUUUUUGCUGUCAACGAACGGGUUUCAAGCGUGUUUGGACGGGUGAUGGAACCUGCUGGGAUGUACAUAAACAAGCUAAUCAAUGCACUCGAUCGAUUCGACUCCAUGUCCCGCCGGGGUACUCCCCCAACGCAAGCUAUACAAAACCUCUUUGACGCUACGAAAGAAAGCGUUGCCGUCUUUGGUAAAGUGGCGGCUGUGCUCAAGAUGCAGGUUCCCGCUAUGCGAGGGAAUGACGUGAGAUAUACUCGAACGUUGAUGGUGCAUGUCUAUGGGGCUAUGGCAGAGGUGGCGAGCUCGUGGAAGGCCAUGACGGGGCUGUUACCCGAGGUAAAGAUGUUAUUGCUCAUUGAUGCGCCUGGUGUGGUAGGCGGAAUGGGCGGACAGAAGAUUGUGCCAAGCGGGUCAUUCACUGGACGUACCCCCAUUUCACCCAUCAUUGAAAGACGGGAAUCCCAUUCACCUCAAUCGUCAACUCUGGAAUCGUCUCCCCUCAACCUGGAGCGUCAACAACAACAACAACAAGCCGAAAUUGAUGGUUCACCUACGGCUCAUGCGGAGAGGCGGGCAGGCGUGCGAGGUCAUGGUGUUGGAACAGAAAGGAGACACGCGGGAUCGUAUAGCAGUUUAGAUGUGGAAAGAGGUAUGAUGAUGGGCUCGCCUUUGGCAAAAGGCAUGUCUAUUGGUGUUAGGGAAGACGAGGGACAUAGGAGAGGGGAAUCGGGGACGAUUCAUUUACCGACGCCCGACGAGGAAGAUGAAGAGGAUGAGGAAGAGUACAGCAGUAUGAGGCACAUGUUGGGCCCUGUGUCGCCGCAGUCUGUGUCUGGUCGGACUUCUCAACAACGUCAUAGACCGACUUCAUCUUCUGGCUCCAGUCAUGCCCUUUGUCUCCCUCCUAGCUUGCCUCAUCACCCUUCUCGGCAGCUGUCGGUCGAUGUCCGCGCACCAGCAUCGGCGGCUGCAACUCUCUUUGACGAAGAUUUGUUGGAUGUGAUCGAGACGGCCACAGAAGCGGCGUUUGCAUGUUGGCUCAAGUUGUCUGAAGAAAUUGGAGCGUUGUCACCUCAAAUCAGCAGGUCGACACAUAGGAACAACUCUUCAGUCAGCAGCGUGUCAAGUCAGAGCCAGGGUCAUCUCGAUUCGGCCCGUAUGGCUCUACCGUUCUUUACGCCUCUUGGUGCCCACAGUCGUCGUCCAUCCACCAUCUCGCCUAAAUACCAUGCUGAACUCGUACAUAACCUAUCUGUCGCCGAACAAAUUACUGCCGCUUUGCGCGAAUCUCUCCUACGUCUUCGUGCGGACCCCCUUGCUUAUAGCCAUACUACGCUUCCAGACGAUGCCCAAUCCUUCAUAAAGAUUGUCGUCAAGGUGUCUGAGCUUGUCAAAGCUAUGUCGGGGACACAUCCGUUCCCAAUAAGUGUCCGACAGGCGGUGGGCAAGUUGACGCAGGCGACGAGAGAAUGUGCAAUCUUAAUCCAAGUUAGCUCAUUGCGGCCUGGACAAGGGACUCCAGCGCCGACAGCACCCGUGUCUUCGGGGAGGUCCGUGAUGCCAAUCUCGCGCGUGGGCUCCGCUACAGGAAUAGGCACAGGUUAUAGCUCUAGCCACCACGGACCCGAAUCAAGCACCGACGAUCUAUCUCACCUUCAGCCCCCUUCCUCAGCCGGUCCAUCCCACGUAUCGACUCCGCUUUACACUCCUUCCUCAUCCACCACGUCUUUCGAGCAUUUCCAUCACAUUUCUUCCUCGACUGGUGUGACCACAAAUGCCAGUGGCUUGAGGGAUCUACAUUUGCCCAGUAGACUUGGUCAUGCUCCCUUUGGUAGGAAUCGAUCUGCGAAUGGGUCUGCGCAAAUGGCAUUGCCAAGUAUACAGAUGCCGGUGCCGUAUGUGAAUGGGGGCGCUGUGGGAAAAGCAAAUCAGCCCAGGAGUGCACAAGCUAGUCAGGUUGCUUUUUGAAACGUUUGUUUGAAUUUGGACUGAGCGCCUGGGCGCGCGAAAGUAUGUGUGAAGGAUAAAGAAUCUUUUAUGAUAAUUAUUCAUGUGGUUCACGAAAUAUUAUGAGAGCAAUUAAUGGUAUUUGUACAGUAGUCUUUAUUUCCAUUUCAAACGGUGUAUGC